AUACAUAUUUUCCAGAAUCUCACAUGAGACGAAAAUUCCCUUCCGCUUUCUUUCCGUUCGUUGUCAGCCCCUAGACCGAGGCUACCAGGUUCUCGCUCGUGAAACCCAAUUUUCUCAAAAUGGGUUUUGUGAAAGUGGUCAAGAAUAAAGCUUACUUCAAGCGCUUCCAAGUGAAGUUCAGGAGGAGGCGUGAAGGCAAGACUGAUUACUAUGCCCGUAAGCGUCUUGUCAUCCAGGCCAAGAACAAGUACAACACUCCCAAGCACCGCAUUGUGGUGCGCAUCACCAACAGGGAUGUGAUUGCCCAGGUAGCAUAUGCCAGGAUUGAGGGAGAUGUGAUUGUUGCUGCUGCUUACGCUCAUGAACUCCCUCGCUACGGCAUCAAGGUUGGGCUGACCAACUACGCAUCGUGCUACUGCACUGGACUCCUCCUUGCCAGGAGGAUUCUGAAGAAAUUCAACUUGGACACAGUCUAUGAAGGACAAACUGAAGUCGAUGGUGAAAUGUACUCUGUAGAACAUGUUGACGAUGGACCAGGUGCCUUCCGUGCUCAUCUCGACACUGGUUUGGCUCACACCACCACUGGUGCCAGGAUCUUUGGUGUCAUGAAGGGUGCCGUUGAUGGUGGCAUUGAGAUCCCCCACAGUGAGAAGAGAUUCCCAGGAUAUGACAAGGAGAGCAAGGAAUUCAAUGCCUCAGUCCUCCGCGACCACAUCAUGGGAACUCACAUUGCCAGGUACAUGAAGGACCUUAUGGAAGAGGAUGAGGAUGCCUACAAGAGGCAGUUCUCUCGCUACGUCAAGUUGGGCAUCACUUCUGAUGAGGUUGAAGAGCUGUACAAGAAGGCCCAUGCCAACAUCCGUGCCGAUCCCUCUUCUCUGCCCAAGAAGACGAAAGAGGUUACCAAGAAGAGGUGGAACGCCAAGAGGUUGACCUACAAGCAACGCAAGGCUUCUGUUGCUGAGAAGAAGGCUGCCUGGUUGGCCAAGAUCGAAAGGGGAGAAGCCUCUCUCGAUCAGCUUAAACAUAAACAUUAAAUGCCCUCUUUGCUGGUUGAA